UCCCGCCGAGGCAGGCGCUGGGCUCGCUCCGCCGCCACGGGCAGCGGCGGCUGUGGAGCUGCGGGGGCGGCCCCGUCCCGCAGAGCCCGCCGCUGGCCCCGGGAGGAGGAGGAGGAGGAGGAGGAGGAGAUAAAGAAGAUGAAGAUGCCGGGGGCACGCUGAAAGAAGACCUCAACUUCUUGAAUGUCCCACGGGGGGAUGCAUCUCUGGAAUGGAUUAUGUGUUUGGUCUUUUUCUGCAACCAGAGGCAACAAUGUAUGUGCAACGUAAGGUAGAAGAAUUAAUUUUAGGAAGAGACGAGUCUAAAGGCUACAUCACAUUAAGAAGCUGUUUUUAAAAAUGUUUGCAUUUCGUGCCAGUAAUCCACAACUGGAAAAGACUGGUAGUCCAGUAGUUAAAACAACAACAACAACUUGUUACUUUUUUUCCCGAAUUCAAAAAGAACAAGUAGUCAGUUAGUAUUUUACCAUGUGUUUCUUGAUUAUUUAGCACUGAAAUUUUUAUUACACUGAAAUCGUGGUGUGAGGAUUGCUAGACACUCCCCUCCCCAACACACAUCCAGCAACUAAAGACUGUGGCAAGAUGACCUCUGAGGAAAUGACAGCUUCUGUUCUCGUCUCUGUGGUACAGGGUAAAGUGAUACCUGCUCAGUCAGCUGGAGAUGAAAAUACUGAAAAUGCUUUGGACACCAGUGUUAUAAAAAGACAUACUGCCAGUCCAGGAAGGCAAACCACACGCACGCUCUCAUACUUACACAGACUGGAAGGAGAAAGUCUUCGGGGCUCAGUGCCCAAAAUAUUCACUCUGGCAAAUGAACAAAUGACUGAUGACAAUAGUAAUGAAAACUUCUGGGAGAGAAACAGCUCCAUCCCUGAUUCAGUGGAAUUUCUUAACAUUAACUGUAACAUUGUACAGAAAAACUACAAGAGCAAUAUCCCAUGCAGCCAGAUGUAUAAAUCUUGUGGCACAUUAUCAGGGGGAGAGGCAUGCCUAGAAACUGGAAUUCCUGUUUCACUGGAAAGAGCCAUGCUUGCAGAAAUUCAGUUGAAAAUGAAUGGACCUUCUUUAAGAAGCCAGACAGCAAUAAAUAAGAAUGACAGCAAUGAUACUGAUAAAGUAGCCUUUUUUCACUUUCAUUGUGCUAGUGAAAGGAAUAUAUCAAAGGCUUUGUGCAAUUUACACAACAGCUUCAUUUUGGAUGACUGCUUGCAGCCAGUAAGUGUUGGCGGUCGUAACACCACUGGUUCCACGGCCUGCACUUGCACGUUAGUGGAGUUGACAAACAACUGUGAGGAUGAAAAUGGGCAGCAGUUGUAUGACGACGCUUUAAGGGAUAAGUACUUCUGUCUGGAAAGAGCACCACGAAAGGUUAAAGUGGCAUGCUCAGGUCACAACUUCUGUGGAAAUAACUUUACUGGAAGAAUGCCUUCAAAGCCCUUUCUGAGCCAUUUUGAAGACUGUAAUGAUAACUGUGAAGAAGAGAUGGAGGAGGAUUUUUUUAGAAACAAAAAAGAACGUUCCACAUUAUUAAUAAGACGUUUCUGUAAAAAUGAUAAGGAGGUUAAAAAAUCAGUUUAUACUGGAACGAGAGCAAUUGUUAGGACUUUACCUUCAGGGCACAUAGGAAAUGUUGCUUGGAAUUAUGUUGAGCAAAGGAGAAACAACAGUGGCUUGAAGUGUUCUAGGAUUACGACAGAACAGCUAACUAUAAUUCAGUCCUUAAUAAACUGGGAAUUUAAUUCCUUUCUUGAGACCUCUUUAUGGCAUGAGAUCUUCAAUACAGUGAGAGAAGGAGCAGAAGACAGUUUUGAAUAUUUUCCUCUUAUUCUGAGAAAGCUCCCAGCUUUAGAUACAGACUAUGUAUGCAAAGGUGAUGGUUUUUGUGUAGAACCAUGUGUAGCAGGUGCUUACUCUCGAUAUCGUGCCACUUUACAGAGGACUGCACUCUCUAACUAUAUAACUGGUGCUUUACUAGAAGCAACUACAUCAUUGGGAGCAAGAAGCGGUCUUCUAAGUAUCUUCGGAGGAUCAACUGGAAGAACAAUGCUUAAAGAACGCCAAGCGUGUACAUCUAUGGCCGGUUCCAGUGUCCUUCCCUCCAACGUGGCUGGUAUUAGCAAAGAGCUGGUAGACCUGCAGCACCUCAUUCAGUUCCCGGAGGAGGUUGCCAGCAUUCUGACUGAGCAGGAACAGGACCUCUACCGCAAAGUCUUACCCAUUGACUACCUCUGCUUUUUAACCAGGGAUUUGGGUAAUGCUGAAUGUCAAAGCAAGCUUCCAUGUAUUAAAGCUUCCAUAUCUGCUACUAUCCUUUCUUCCCCAAAUGGUGAACAUAAUGCUGUAGAAGAUCUUGUGACAAGAUUUAAUGAGGUGAGCUCAUGGGUUACCUGGCUGAUCCUGACUGCAGGUUCUAUGGAGGAGAAACGAGAAGUCUUCUCAUAUUUAGUACAUGUGGCAAAAUGCUGCUGGAAUAUGGGCAACUACAAUGCUGUAAUGGAGUUUUUGGCAGGGCUAAGAUCCAGAAAAGUUUUAAAAAUGUGGCAAUUUAUGGACCAGUCUGAUAUUGAAACUAUGCGAAGUCUGAAAGAUGCUAUGGCACAACAUGAGUCAUCAUCAGAGUACAAGAAAGUGAUCAACCGGGCACUCAAUAUUCCAGGCUGUAAAGUAGUUCCUUUCUGUGGUGUAUUUUUAAAAGAGCUUUGUGAAAUUUUGGAUGGAGCAUCAAGCCUCAUCAGACUCUGUCCACGGUACAAUUCCCAGGAAGAAACAUUAGAGUUUGUUUCAGAUUACAGUGGACAAGAUAAUUUCUUGCAACGAGUAGGCCAAGAUGGUUUAAAUAAUCCAGAAAAAGAAUCAACAGCAAACAAUAUAUUCCAAACUAUUCGGAGCUGUAAUCGCAGUUUGGAAUCUGAAGAGGGUGAAGAUAAUUUUAGUGAAGGAAGUGAUUCAAGAAAAAACUCUUUGAAGGACAGAAACCGGUACCAUGCAGCACGUGUAAAGAAAGCUUCUGAUUCAAACCAAGUUCUAUUUAUAAUUGGAGAUCUUUCAGAUUCUGAAAGUGAUAUAUUUGAGCAGUUGAAGGAGUGGGACACAACCUCAACAGAAGAACAACAAAAGGCUUUCUGCCAUGGCAUAGAACUCAUUCCCUGGUACGUGUUAUCUAUCAGAGCUGAUGUCCACCAGUUCAUGCUGCAAGGGGUGACUGUCAUUCAUUAUGACCAGGAGACGCAUCUUUCAGCACGUUGCUUUCUUCAGCUUCAGCCUGACAAUAGUACUUUGACUUGGACAAAACCCACAACAGUUUGCCCUGCAAAUGCUAAGGCGAAACUGAGUGUACUGGGUAAUACUGCUGAGCUUGGUAAAUACCAGUUUCUUGGCAAUACUGGACUAAAUGGACUUGUGGAAGGUUUUCUGGAUUUGUUUUCAGCCAAGGCUGUGUACAUGGGACACUCUGGCAUUGAUAUGCACACUGUGUGUGUUCAGAAUAAACUUUGUAAUAUGUCCCUUGAAGAAAAUGGUAUAACACUACUUUAUGGACUUCAGACUACUGAUAAUAAAUUGCUGCACUUUGUUGCUCCAAAAUAUACUGCCAGAAUGCUAUAUGAUGGAUUGCUGGAAUUGACUAAAGCUGUAAGAAAAAUGAGAAGAUUCCCUGAUCAAAGACUACAGUGGCUACGGAAACAGUAUGUCAGCCUUUACCAGGAGGAUGGAAGGUUUGAAGGCCCAACCUUGGCUCAGGCUGUUGAACUUUUCGGAGGCAGACGAUGGAGUGCAAGAAACACAAGCACAGGAACGCUUACCAAAAGCACUGAGAAACCUAGUGUUCAGAGAAACAACACUCUGGGAAUAAAUGCAGCUAAGAAAAAGAAGAAAGUACUUAUGAGGGGUGAAAGUGGAGAGGCCACUGAUGAUGAAAUGGCCACUCGGAAGGCAAAAAGCUGUAAGGAAUAUCGUAAUAGAAGUGGUUCGGAUCCUCAAGAUAUUGAUGAGCAAGAAGAAUCAGAUCAAAAUAUUAUUAUUAAUGCUUCUCCAUCUAACACCUUGUCGUCAAGAAGAACACACUCUCUGACAACAUCUGGAUCUCCUAAUUUAGGAGCUGUCACAUCCUCACCAGCCAGACCAGUCUCCUCUCCUGUAAUGUCUUCAAGCAAGAGUCAGUCUAGCACAUGGAGCAGCAGUAGCUGGCAUGGCCGUGUUAAAGGAGGAAUGAAGGGGUUUCAGAACUUCAUGGUUUCUGAUAGCAACAUGACUUUUGUGGAAUUUGUGGAGCUCUUCAAAUCUUUCAGUGUCCGUAGCCGCAAGGAUCUGAAAGACCUUUUCGAUGUCUAUGCGGUGCCUUGCAAUCGAUCUGGUUUAGAGCCUACUCCACUUUAUACUCAUUUGAAGAUUGAUGAAAAUAACAUUGGGUUCCAACCUGAUUUAGACUUGUUGACUAGGAAUGUUUCAGACCUUGGUUUGUUCAUUAAGAGUAGGCAGCAGCUGUCAGAUAACCAGAGGCAAAUAUCUGAUGCUAUUGCUGCUGCCAGUAUCGUAACUAAUGGUACUGGAGUUGAAAGCACAUCACUGGGGAUAUUCGGUGUGGGCAUCCAGCAACUAAAUGACUUCCUAGUGAAUUGCCAAGGAGAACACUGCACCUAUGAUGAAAUCCUCAGUAUUAUCCAGAAAUUUGAACCUAGUGUGAAUAUGUGCCAGCAGGGGCUGCUAUCUUUUGAAGGAUUUGCCAGGUUUUUGAUGGAUAAAGACAACUUUGCCUCCAAAAAUGAUGAGUCACAAGAGAAUGCUGAGGACUUGCAGUUUCCACUGUCAUAUUACUACAUUGAAUCUUCACACAAUACUUACCUUACUGGCCAUCAGCUUAAAGGGGAAUCCUCAGUGGAGCUCUACAGCCAGGUUCUCUUACAAGGCUGUAGAAGUGUAGAAUUAGACUGCUGGGAUGGUGACGAUGGGAUGCCUAUCAUUUAUCAUGGGCACACUCUUACUACUAAGAUCUCUUUUAAGGAAGUAGUUGAAGCUAUUGAUCGCAACGCAUUUAUCACCUCUGACAUGCCAAUUAUCAUAUCCAUAGAAAACCACUGUUCAUUACCUCAGCAGCGCAAGAUGGCUGAAAUUUUCAAGAAUGUAUUUGGAGAUAAGCUGGUAACAAAGUUUUUAUUUGAGAGUGACUUUUCUGAUGACCCCAUGCUUCCUUCACCUGGCCAACUGAAAAGAAAAAUCCUGCUUAAAAACAAGAAGCUCAAAGCCCAUCAAACACCAGUGGAUAUAUUGAAACAAAAGGCUCACCAGCUGGCGCAUAUGCAAGCACAGGCUAGCAAUGGUGCUAGCAACCCUACAACUACGAAUGAAGAGGAAGAAGAUGAAGAGGAUGAAUAUGACUAUGACUAUGAAUCUCUUUCUGAUGCUGAUGUCCUUAAUGCUUCUCCUGCUCCUAACAGCCAGGAAGAUAACAUUCUUGAAGACCGACCUGAGAAUAAAUUAUCAAGUGACAAGCUGCAGUUUGAAUAUAAUGAAGAGACUGCCAAAAGAAUAAAGAAGGCUGAUUGUGCUACUUACAGUAAUAAAGGAAAGGUUUACGAUAUGGAACUGGGUGAAGAAUUCUACCUUCCACAAAAUAAGAAGGAAAGCAGACAGAUAGCCCCAGAGCUAUCAGAUCUCGUCAUUUACUGUCAAGCUGUAAAGUUCCCAGGCUUGUCAACCCUAAACCCAUCUGGCUCUAGCAGAGGAAAAGAAAGAAAAAGCAGGAAGUCCAUUUUUGGCAACAAUCCUGGCAGACUAAGCCCUGGGGAGUCAGCUACUCUUGCCAAAGCAUCUGGAAAAGGUCCUUUUGAUGUGAUGCGGCAGACAUGGGAAGACCCUUGCUCUCCUUACAAUUCUCCAGCUUCUCUCAGUGCUAUCAUAAGGACGCCCAAAUGCUAUCAUAUCUCCUCCCUGAACGAGAACGCUGCCAAGCGGCUGUGCCGGCGGUACUCCCAGAAGCUGAUCCAGCACACCACCUGUCAGCUCCUCAGGACAUACCCUGCUGCCACACGCAUCGACUCCUCCAAUCCCCAUCCACUCAUCUUCUGGCUCCACGGUGUACAGCUCGUGGCUCUUAACUACCAAACAGACGAUCUUCCUCUGCAACUUAAUGCAGCAAUGUUUGAGGCUAAUGGUGGCUGUGGAUAUGUUUUGAAACCUCCUGUUCUGUGGGAUAAAAAUUGCUCAAUGUACCAGCAAUUUUGUCCGUUAGAAAGAGAUCUUGAUAAUAAGGAGCCAGCUAUAUAUUCUUUAACAAUCGUGUCUGGACAGAACGUGUGCCCUAGCAAUAGCACAGGAAGUCCGUGCAUCGAAAUCGAUGUGCUCGGGAUGCCUCUGGAUAGCUGCCAUUUCCGGACCAAACCCAUUCAUCGCAACACUCUGAACCCAAUGUGGAACGAACAGUUUCUUUUCCGGGUUCACUUUGAAGAUUUGGUCUUUCUUCGAUUUGCAGUUGUCGAAAACAACAGCUCAGCUGUAACGGCUCAAAGAAUCAUUCCACUGAAAGCUCUAAAAAGAGGCUAUAGACAUGUCCAGCUCCAUAACCUGCACAACGAGGCAUUAGAAAUUUCUAGCUUAUUCAUAAACAGUCGGAGGAUGGAAGAAAGUCCUUCUGGAAACACUGCAUCUAUGUUGUUUAGCUCAGGUGAAAGGAAAGCCUCUGUGCCUUACAAAGUGACAAUUCAUGGAAUUCCAGGCCCGGAGCCUUUCACUGUUUUUAACAUAAGUGGGGGGACCACAGCUGCACAGCUUCUUCAGCAGCUCUUGGCUACCACAAAAGGCACCGAAUCAUGUGCUGCAGACUAUUUUCUGAUGGAAGAGAAAAGUUUUAUAUCUAAAGAAAAGAGUGAAUGCAGAAAACCUCCGUUCCAGAGAGUAAUUGGUUCUGAAGAAGGGCUAGUGCAGCUUUUGAACAGCUGGUUCCCAGAAGAAGGAUACGUUGGAAGAAUUAUCUUUAAAACCCGAGAGGAAAAUUUAAAUGAGAGAAAUGUCUUUCAAGAAGCAAAGGAAGAUGUAGCCAUCACCUCUGAGGAUGACAGUUUCUUUGUUCAGGUACACGAUGUCUCCCCAGAGCAACCACGCACCGUCAUCAAAGCUCCCCGCUUUAGCACAGCUCAGGAUGUCAUACAGCAGACUCUUUGUAAAGCAAAAUACUCCUACAGCAUUCUGAGCAAUCCAAAUCCAAGCGAUUAUGUCCUCUUGGAAGAGGUGACAAAAGAGCCAGCAAACAAAAAGUCCUCAACAUCUAAACCAUCUCAGAGAAUUCUCUCUGACCAAGAGUGUGUGUUUCAGGCCCAAAGCAAGUGGAAGGGAGCAGGAAAAUUUAUCCUUAAACUCAAAGAACAGGUUCAGGCAGCACGAGAUGACAAAAGAAAAGGCAUUUCCUUUACCAGUGAACUCAAGAAGUUAACCAAGUCAAGUAAGCAGUAUCGGGGAUUUAUAUCACCACCUCUGCAAGUGUUGCCAGACAGUCCACAGAAUAAAGACGAACGGUCUGCAUGCAGUUUGACUUUUAGCGACGUUAUGGAAUAGUAACCUCCAGUGCCUACAGCAUGGUCUGUUCAGGUGACUAAGGCGACCCUAAGUCAUCACAACAAACUGAAUUCAAGAAAAGCAAAGUAAAUUAUGGAUAAAUCCCAAUCACAUUCCCUCUUCUUCAGCAUUUGUUCUUUCAUUUUUCUGAAAACUGGAAUUUACAACACUGAAUCCUUCUGCAGUGCCCUUGACGAAAUCUGCUGUGGUCUGAACAGGUCAGCAAUUGUUUGGCCUGUGCUUUAGAUGCUUAAUCCUGGCAGUGCUGCUGGAUUAACAUCCAGAAUUUGGGAAUGCUAAAUGGGAUGCUAGAUUGGAAAGCUGCCUGUCAGCUAUGGGAAGAUUCCCCUCUUCCCCUGUAUCUUCACAUCUGCAGAUUCUUGAUAGGCAGAUGGAGAAUUUUUCUUGGACUAUAUGUUGUAAACAAACAUGUCAUUACCCUCUCUCCCCACUUUUAAACGAAAUAUUAUUUUAGCUAGUUGCCUUCAGGGAAAAUGAAGGCAGAGAACCAGAGUGCUCUCUUGUGUGUAUUAUAUUAAAAUAAUGCACUUUUACAUAAAGAUUCCUGUUAAACACUGUGUUUAGUGAUUGUAAAGAGAUUUAAAUAUGCUGUAACUUCCUUGGCUUAUCAGUUUAACUUUGGUGAAUAUACACAAAAUGCUCAAGUUAUUUAUGGUUUAUCUACUUUAACAACGUAAUGUACAAUAGCUAAAUACACCUAACUGAUAGUGAUACUUUGACAAGGAACAACGUUUUCUUCUUAUAAAUUCUAGUUUUCCAGGCCUGUGUUUAAAGAAAGAAUAUUUAUUAUCAUGUUCCAAAGUAUGUGUCAUUGUGUAAUAUAUUUAUCAUAUACUACCUUUUUAGAAACUGCAGAAUUUCACCCCUCUCUGUCUUUAGAGGAAAAAAAUGUUUGAACUUUCAUGCUUGUUUCUUUUCAGCACAAGAAUUUUAAUACCCAAAACUGACCAAAUUCAAACAAUAUACUGAAAAAUGUAAUUAACACUUCAAAAUUAUGAAUUCAAAAUACACUUUUCCAUACAG